UUUUUAAUUUUUGAAGCUUUAAAGUAACACAUCCAUGAAAACCAUUCUCCCAAAAUCCAGGUCUUGAUAUGAGAAAUUGAGUAGUUUUAAGUAUUAGAUGUAACAAAACUGGCGGAAAAUAUAAGUAGCUGAUACCAUAAAACAUCGGCAAUGUCCCAACGAUAAGACCGAUCGACGAAGAAUCCGGUGCGAGUGAACCUUGGCUACGAGGAGAAUCAAGGGGAGGCCAAGCGGCUGCUACUCUUACGAUUUUCAGGGUGAUUAUAAAUGGGAGAGGCCGAGGACAGUGUGAAGCCAAAGAGAGUGGUUUUUGUGACUGUGGGAACAACAUGUUUUGAUGUGCUUGUUAAAGUGGUGGAUUCUCAGAAAGUUAAGGAUGAGUUGUUGAGAAGAGGAUAUACUCACCUUCUCAUUCAAAUGGGUCGAGGAUCAUAUCUUCCUGAAAAGUCUAUUGGUGAUGAUGGAUCUUUGGCUGUAGACUACUUCACAUUUUCAUCAAGCAUUGCUGACCAUCUGAGAUCAGCAUCUCUUGUAAUCAGUCAUGCAGGUUCUGGGAGCAUAUUUGAGACCCUGCGGCUUGGCAAACCUCUAAUUGUGGUGGUCAAUGAAGAUUUGAUGGAUAAUCAUCAGAGUGAACUAGCAGAAGAACUGGCAGAGAGAAAACAUUUAUAUUGUGCUCGUCCUCAGACACUUCAUCAAACUAUAGCCAGUAUGGAUUUGGAGUCUCUCCUUCCAUACUCUCCAGGAGAUGCCACACCAGUGGCCAAACUCAUAAAUAGGUUUCUUGGUUUUCCAGAAGAUUGAUGAGAGUGUAUAGAAUAAAACUUUCAUUCAGAAAGUUAGCAAGCCUAGGGGAAACUUCUUGUCUGUACUUUAUGUUCCAAAAAAUGCAGUAAUAGGCAUUUGGAUGUUCCAUUGAAUAUAUCCAAUGGGCUUUAACUGAAUAUUUAUAUUGCAAAUUGUUUCCCCUGGCAGAAUAGUGCCUCUUGAGUUUGCAUA